AUGGAUCAGGUAAUGCAGUUUGUCGAGCCAAGUCGGGAGUUUGUAAAAGUCUCAAUUCGGCUGGUUAAAAGGUGCACCAAACCUGACAGAAAAGAAUUCCAUAAGAUUACCAUGUUCACAGCUAUAGGAUUUGCUACCAUGGGACUCAUUGGCUUCUUUGGGAAACUGAUCCAUGACCGUAUUAAGAACAUUAUUAUUAUAGGUGGCUGA